CCCGCCCAGUUGCUAUAACGACUCUCACAUAGCUCUGCAUGAUUGGUAAAUCAAAGGUUCGUGCCCAGCGUCAGCUAAUUUGUCGACCUCUUACAUUUCUUUGAAGACGUGUUGACUUUGAGAGACAACUGAUAUACCCAAUCUCGAACCUGCCCUCUCCAAUCAGUGAAAGAAGACAGUAGACUGACUCCCUAUUUUGCUGUUUCACUGUAUUCGGAAGGUUUUGGUUGCUGACAAUUUCAGGACAAGAAAUUGCUGUGGAGAACGCGGUUUGGCUGAAGCAGAUCCACAGAGAGGAGCCUGUUCGCAUUUCACCGCUGGUGCAAGACAAUGGAGACAGAAAUCGAGCAGCAGGAAGAAGAGACCACUUUCAGCAACACUGACACUAACGGUAAACGCCCUGCCGAGGACAUGGAGGAGGAGCAGGCCUUCAAACGCUCUCGCAACACUGAUGAGAUGGUGGAGCUGCGUGUACUACUGCAGAGCAAAAAUGCUGGAGCUGUUAUCGGAAAGGGUGGCAAGAAUAUAAAAGCCUUACGCACAGACUACAAUGCCAGUGUAUCUGUCCCUGACAGCAGUGGCCCAGAGCGGAUCCUGAGUGUGAGUGCAGAUAUUGAGACUAUCGGAGAGAUUCUGCUGAAGAUUAUCCCUACUCUGGAAGAGUACCAGCAUUAUAACGGGAUUGAUUUUGACUGCGAGCUGCGUUUGCUGAUCCAUCAGAGUUUGGCCGGAGGCAUCAUUGGGGUGAAGGGUACCAAGAUAAAGGAGUUAAGAGAGAACACCCAGACUACCAUCAAGCUAUUCCAGGAGUGCUGUCCUCACUCCACUGACCGAGUGGUUCUGGUUGGAGGAAAGCCAGACCGUGUUGUCGAUUGCAUCAAAGUUAUCCUGGAGUUGGUAUCUGAGGCUCCUAUCAAAGGGCGCGCCCAGCCUUACGACCCCAACUUCUACGACGAGACAUACGACUACGGCGGCUUCACAAUGAUGUUCGAGGAGCGGGGCCGGCGGCCUAUGGGGGGGUUCCCCGUACGGGGCCGGGGUGGCUUUGAGCGCAUGCCCCCCGGCCGCGGCGGCCGACCCAUGCCCCCCUCCAGACGGGACUAUGACGACUUGAGCCCUCGCCGGGGUCCGCCCCCUCCCCUGCCAACCAGAGGACGUGGAGGGAGCCGCGCUCGAAACCUGCCCCUCCCCCUACCACCACCCCCAAGAGGAGGAGGGGACCGGUUCUCUCAUCAGAGCUAUCACGGCAACAUGGACGACAGACCAAACAGCGACAGGAGAGGAAGACCAGGAGACCGCUACGACAGCAUGAGUGGUGGAUACGGUGACAACACUUCCUCGUGGGAGCCCUUUCAGUCUGGUGGCCGAGGGUCAUACAGUGACAUCGGGGGUCCCGUCAUCACAACACAAGUUACCAUCCCCAAGGAUCUGGCCGGCUCCAUCAUUGGGAAGGGCGGGCAGCGGAUCAAGCAGAUCCGUCAUGAGUCGGGAGCGUCCAUCAAGAUCGACGAGCCACUAGAGGGCUCCGAGGACCGCAUCAUCACCAUCAAUGGAACACAGGACCAGAUCCAGAACGCCCAGUAUCUACUGCAGAACAGUGUGAAGCAGUACUCUGGUCGGUUCUUCUAAAGAGGGAAGAGGAGCCAAUCUGCCAUGCCUGUUCGCUCCCGCUAUUCAGAGCCAACAUUCCUCUGCUUUGGGUAGUUCUUUGCCCUCCACCCUGUCAUCUAACACCUUUUAAUAAGAAGUUUGGAAAUUCUCUCAAAGCUGUCGGAUGAGUGUAUCCCAGUUUAUUUUAUUUCUUUUUUUUUUGUUGCCUUGCUUGUUUUUUGGGGGUUUUCUUUCCGGAUUAUUCUGCUGUUCUGUACUUGGAGUAAACUAACCUGUCUGUGUUCACUCUUGGCCUCCCCUGAGACGCUCCUCCUCCCAGUCAGUACAGCAUGCAGAAUGUAAUCUUGUUUUGUAAGAAACAUUUUUUGAUUUAAAAAAAAUAUAUACAUUUAGCUUAAUUUUUUUCCCCCGCUGAAAGAUAAGGGGCUGUAUAAAAAUGUACAGUAAUCGUGUCAUAGGAUGAAUAAGAGUGCUAGGAUUGUUUCAUUUUGUUGGGAGACUGAUAGGGCUAAAAUAAAGUAUUGUUGAUUUUAAGUUUUCUACAUGAUUUCAGCUGGUUAACGGGGAGGGACUUGAUAUAAUUCCUUUAAUACAUAAUCAUUGACAUUUGGAUCCAUUUAGACUGGCUAAAGCCAGUUUCUUUUUUUUUUGUCGGUUUGUAAGCAUUUUUAAAAUUUUAGAUGGGAUCUUUGUAGACACCAGUCAGUUUGGGAUGGGAAUGCAGCCUUUCUUUCCAUAUGAGUGGCAUGUCACCCCUGUUAAUCUCUACCUGUCUGUGGGGUGUAGUAUCUGCUGCAAGUCUGAGUAAUAAAGUCUGUGCCACCAUUUACUAAACAUGUGGGGGGAGGUUUUGUGUUAUUUUUCCAUAUUUCCUAGAUGCAAUGAAUAAAAUGGUUGUAAUAAAAUCAA